CACUCUGGGCGCCCUUCGGAAGUGAAUAGUACGAAUCAACUCCAUGGGGCACGUCGCCGGUGUACAGGAGAUUGUAUCCACCGAUGAACAGGAGCUGUUUGCUUUGAAGAUUCUGAAACGUAACGAUCGUUUCUCCGUUCACCAGUCGCUGAGCCAGCCUCCAGGUACUGGCAAAGCCGCUGCUCUUCGAUGCCACCACGUACCGGUUGUCGUUUUCGCCCUGAUCGACGAUCUCGCUCGGGACCAGAAAUUCAUGCGUUUUGUUGUUGACGAUUGCGUAACAGCACGAGUUAAGUAGGCUGCCCGAGGGAUGUCCAUAGUGUAGUGCUAGACAGAGCACUAGCAGCGAAUACAGUGAUGCUUUGUGCAUGGCAGUAACACUUUGCUGUACGUACAAUUGUCUCCAAAGUGGUGUAUAUGCCUUUGGAAACCUUCUAUUUCAAGGCGAAAGGAGGAGUUUUGUUUGUAUAAACAAACCGGUAUAAACCGAACUAUGCCAAUUAUUUGACAUGAAACUUGUGCGCUUUGACAACAAUAGCAUACCGAGGCGCUUACACAAAAAAAAAAAAAAUGCGAUCCUUUCAUACUGAGUCCCGCCAUGUCGUUACUUCUAAACCUAUAAAUAGCGUGAAUCAUUGACAGCUUCAUUUGCAACGAACGGCAUCUCGUCCUACUUUGCAUAAAAGCACAUUUGGAAGAGUGUCCGGAGUGUAAAUUACAAUUCCAACCAUAACUCUCGCACUCCCCGUAGAUGGCCCUUGGCACGCGCUCGCCGGACAGUGUAACCGUUUCACGGUCACUCGGAAGAAUGUUCCUGUGGCCUGGCCGAUCUGGGCCUGUGUAGAUGCCGCAGGGUCAUAAAAAUUGGUUGACAGUUUUCGUUGUUGUGACCACGACGAACGUGGAAGCACACACGAGACACAAGGGGUAGUUCCGAUAUUGUGGUUGUUUAAACCGCAGAAAGAAUCUCAUUGUUCCGUGGCGUUCCGGUGGGGAUAGGUCGUUUUGCUAUCACGUAUCGCACAUCGGCCAGGUUCCCAGCGGUUUCCCACGCGUGUAGGCCCCCGUAUGCGUAUGACCUGUAUGUACAACGGUCUGAUACGGGUAGUUCGGGCUGGGGGAGCCGGUGUAUAUUGUUAGUUCGUACUGGCGUUUUGCUGGGCUCCCCCUCCCUUCUUCUUUUGUGCUUUGAGUCAUGCGCACCGUGAGCGGUUAGGUUUAAUUUUCAUUAACAUGCGCUCUCCAUAUGCUGAAUGCUUCCAUUCUUAUCUCAUCUACCCUCGCGACCGUGGCGUGUGGAGACUGAUGGAGAUGGAGACGGUGGACUUGCUGGUGGUGCGUAAGUGUGCCCUCCCUGGAGUACGGUACUGACUCAACUCAAACCCACACUCACAGACACAUGCUGAUUCGAAAGAACGGCGGCUAGAAGUUACCAUCUCCUGUGUCGUAUCAGUGUCUAUCAGCGGUGCUGAAUGCACGGUUACCAGUGUAAUUGUUUUCCAUCCCCCUUUCGUGUGCAAGUGAGAACGCGACAAAUGACCAUGUAAGGUUGACAAGGGAGAGAGCGAGUAUGCCCCACCUAGGUACUGCCGUUUCACUUUGACACUUAAUUUGAAUACCAUUAGAGGGACCUCCGUUACACAGCGGGAGGAUAGCGAACGUGCACAGAAGGGGAAAUGGUUAGCGGGUUGGGUUGGAAAACAAAAUUUCCCGCUGUAAACAGUACAGCACAAUUGGUUUGAUUGCUUGGUUGGAACCUGCUGACUUCCGACUGGGGCAGGUGUGGACCACGGGUGGCUUGCAACGUAUGACGCGGAACCGAUAGGAUUGCAAACUCGGGAGCUUUCAGUUUCGUUCGGUAGCUCGUCGCGGAUGGACAAUUUCGUAAGAAUCCCUUUUCGGCGGUGGAAGUACACGGUGCUGAUUGUGAAUUAAAGGAUGAAAUAUUAACAGUCAUCAGAUUACAGGUUGCGUGUGCUCCGUUGAACUUUGUUUUAUAGUUUACGCAUUGAUCUUGUGUUUUAUUAAUCGAAACUUUCUUCUUAUUGAAGUAUAAGUUAUGAAUUGUUUUAACGUAUGCCUACAGUGUUAUAGUUCAUGUGGGCAGAGGAAUAUUUUUAAACCAAGUGAAAGUGAAAACGUAACCAUUGCUGAAACCCUUACCUACAUACAAUUAGCAUAAUCCGCCCGAAAACAACGCCCUUAAAUUGCCUUCUUAACAUAUGCACACAGCACGACAUUACACAAUGUUGAAGCUGCUGAUAAAGUGCACCAUCGGUGCGUUGUUUGCCCUACAAUCGAUCCAUUGUGAGGCUGAUCCACAGCUUAACCUUCCACCUUUGGCACCGCCGGGUCUGGAAGGGCGUCGGCCCGUGACAUUUCCCAACGGGGAAGCUUCGCCGACGCGUGUACCGCUGGGUGUGGAUGGUGUCGUCAGUGGGGAUGGCAGUAGUGUGCAUGAUCGGAGUAGAAGUGAGCGGUUUGGUCCACCGUACGAUGGGGAUGACGAUGAAGAAGACGAACGUCCGAACUAUCCCGCCCAGCAACCGGAAGGACGCGCGAAUGAUUACGAUAGGCGAGAUCGUCAGGAUUCGCCUUACUCCUACAACGAUCGCAACAGGUACGGUGGGGAUCGUGGCUACGAUCGCAAUCAAAACCGUGAACGAUAUCCAGGCGAUCGUAGUCCAAAUCCGUACGUUUCUGAUGUAGACAAUCCAUUGCUGUAUCGGGAUGGAGGUGAUCGCAAUCGGAACAGGUACGUGUCCGAUGUGGAGAAUCCAUUGCUUUACCGCGAUCGGACACCGUACAACCCAAGCCGGGACGAUGACGAUCGUAACCGGUAUAAUCCCAACGCAAGGCCAUAUAAUCCAAACGAUCCUAGCUUUGGAGGACGCAAUCCACCCGAUCCAAACUAUCGCGAGCCAGGGCAGCGUGAUCCAAACUACCGUGAUCAAGGGUUCCGGGAGCCAGGUCAACGGUUUCCGGGCGAUGAUCGUACCCGGUAUCCGGACGAUCCUAACUAUCCGUACCGCAGCCCGGAAGAGGAACGAUUCCGCAUCGAGAACGAGCGGCGGUUUCGGGCGGAAACAGAAAAGCUACGCGCGUUUCUUACAGAGAUCGAUCGGAAAAGCUCACUGGAGUGUUCGUUGAAUGUGGCGGCGCAGUGGAACUUUGAGACAAACAUCAACGAUGCAACGCAGGUGGAAGCGCUUGCUGCUCAGCAACGGUACAACGACUUCCAGCGCCUGCUGUGGGAUCAAAUGCGCCGAAUAGACCAGACGAAAAUCUUCGACGACAAGCUGUACCGUCAGGUGCGUCUUAUGUCAAUCAUUGGCCCAAGUGCACUGCCACCGGAUCAGCUCGAUCGGUACAAUAGAAUCGUGAACGAUAUGCUGGCCAUCUUUAACGGUGCUACCAUCUGCGCGUACGAGCAACCGUUCGAGUGUGGACUACGCCUUCAACCCCAUCUGAAAGAUAUAAUGGCAAAGAGUCGCGAUUGGAAUGAGCUGCAGUACACCUGGCUCGAGUGGCGUCGAAAAUCGGGGCGCAACAUGCGAGAUCUCUUCGAGCAGUUGGUCGACCUUACGAACGAUGCUGGGCGUGUUAAUAACUUUACUGAUGCCGCCGCCUACUGGACGUUCCCGUAUGAGUCACGCAAUUUUCGCGAGGAAAUGGAACAGGUGUGGCGGGAGAUACUCCCGCUGUACGAGAUGAUUCAUGCGUACGUGCGCCGCAAGCUGCGCGAAUUCUACGGUCCGGAUAAGAUCAACAAAAAUGCACCUCUCCCGGACCACAUACUGGGUGACAUGUACGGGCAGAGCUGGCAGAACAUCCUGGACAUUGUGAUACCGUACCCGGGUCGUAGCUUUCUCGAGGUAACGCCAGAAAUGCAGAAGCAGGGCUACAAUCCGCUGGUUAUGUUCCAGAUCGCGGAAGAGUUCUUCGUGUCGAUGAAUAUGUCCGCAAUGCCACCGGACUUUUGGGCGUCGUCCAUCCUGACGCAACCGCCAGACCGACCGAUCCUGUGCCAACCGUCAUCGUGGGACUUUUGCACCGGAAAGGACUACCGCGUCAAGAUGUGUACGCAGGUGACGCACAAAGAUUUCAUUACCGUGCACCACGAGCUGGCGCACAUACAGUACUUUCUGAACUAUCGUAACAAUCCGAAGGUGUUCCGCGAUGGAGCUAAUCCAGGUUUCCAUGAAGCGAUCGGUGAUGCAAUCUCGCUCUCUGUCGCCUCGCCGAAGCAUUUGCAAAAUCUGGGCCUCGUCCAGAAGUCCGUCGAUGAUACGGCGCACGACAUAAACUUCCUGUUUUCGCUCGCGAUGGAAAAGGUAGUGUUUUUACCGUUUGCGCUCGCCCUUGAAGCGUGGCGGUAUGACGUCUUCAGCAAGCGCGUCCGCAAGGAGCAGUACAACUGCCACUGGUGGCUGCUGAGGGAGGAGUAUGGCGGCGUUAAACCACCGGUGCUUCGGUCCGAACUUGACUUUGACCCUGGUGCAAAGUAUCACGUGGCAGCAAACAUCCCGUACAUCAAAUACUUUUUCUCCAACGUGCUACAGUUCCAGAUCUAUCGCGCCCUGUGCACCGCCUCGGGUCAGUACGUACCACAGGAUCCCAGCAAACCGUUGCAUAAGUGUGACAUCUACCGCCAACCGGCAGCCGGUAACAUUCUCAAAAAGCUGAUGGAACGCGGAACGUCACAGCCGUGGCAGCAGGUCCUGCAGGAGGUGAUCGGCGAGGGCCGGCUGGACGGGUCGGCAUUGCGUGAGUUUUUCCGACCGCUUGAGGAAUGGCUGCGGAAUGAGAACCUGCGCAACAACGAGUACGUCGGCUGGAUCUACGAUGGUGACUACUGCAAGCACAGCAUCGAGACGGCCAAUCUACAAGUGUUCGGUGGCUUCUACAAUGUUGCAGUCGAGGUGCAGCUUACCAGCUGGCUGAUGCUUAUGCUGAGCUCCUGCUUGGUCGUGAUGCGAACGUUCGCCAGCGUCGGCUAAGAUAGAUCGGUCAGGAAAGAAAUGGGCCAACCAAUGCCCGAUGUGGUCGUUAAAGUGAGCAGGAUUGUUCGUGGUUCAGUUUCAGUAAAGUGGCUUAGUUUGGUAGACAAAAUGCAGAAGUAGAAGCGUUAGACGUAAGUUAAAUCAUAAUAAAUAGAGAAAAAAACUAGACUGCCUCUUUGGAGUAUGACAUACGAUCCAAAAUGACUCGUCAAGUUCAUUGUCGUCCGGUCGCUGCAUCCAGGAAAUCGGAACAUACAGGGCCAGUCAACUUGUCCCUUGCCAGCGGCCACUGACGGAGCGCAACAAUUUGCCUCAAUUGAGUUGGGCCGAUGGUGCGGUUGUUUUGUUUUCGCUUUUGAUGGGGUGUGUCGUUUUGCUUCAGCUUCCUUAAGUGCUGCAGUAGAGAUGAAACAGAGGGAGAGUUUGGCAAUUGGAUCCAUGCCUUGAGAAGGAAGCAUGGGAGCGUAGGGUUUUCUUGGAGAUGAUGAUUCAUU